GCGCUUCCGUUGCCCAUGACACCGGAGCGAAGUUCUGACAGCUGAUUUCCCAAUCAGUUUAAAUCCACUCCGAGUCCCAAAUAAUCACUUUUUAAAGUUAUUUACAGUCCGACGUGCCUCCUAUAACCUCCGGCUGGAGUCGCAGACAGCGCCUUGAACCGAGGAGUGCGGAUUAUUAUGGUGUAGCAAGGGGCGCUAGCUCUGAGACAGAAGGCUUUUUAGCAGCACAGUGCAGCGGUGGGCAGACCGAGGCAGACCACAGCAGCGCAGCCAUGCUUACGUUGGCCAGUAAGCUAAAGAGAGACGAUGGAGGGAAGACGGGCCGUGCCUCCGGGGCCUCCGACUCCACCCACAGGGUCUCCAUCAGGGACCGCCUCCUUACCAAAGAAGUUUCAGAACUUGAAGCCCAUCUCCCUAGUACAUGCAAAGCCAGUUUCCCAGAUGAGGACAAGCUGCAUCAUUUUCAGCUGGCAGUGUCACCUGAUGAGGGCUACUACCAAAGUGGAAGGUUUCAGUUUGAAAUAGAUGUCCCAGAAGCCUAUAACAUGGUGCCUCCUAAAGUGAGAUGUCUGACCAGAAUAUGGCAUCCUAACAUCACAGAGAACGGAGAGAUCUGUUUGAGCUUAUUGCGGGAGCACUCUAUCGACGGCACAGGCUGGGCCCCCACUAGAACAUUAAAGGACGUUGUCUGGGGAUUGAACUCCUUGUUUACUGACCUGUUGAACUUUGAUGACCCUUUGAACAUCGAUGCAGCAGAACAUCAUCUGAGAGACAAGGAGGAUUUUCGGAAUAAGGUUCAAGAUUACGUCAAGCACUACGCCAGAUGAUAGAAGCACCGGCUACCUACACCAGCCUGCACCAACCAACCAAACUGCUCUACCUUGCCUCUGCUUGCCUCGGCCAACUCGCCCAACGUGAAUCGACAGCUGACUCUUACCGCUCCCCCUCCUCUCGACAACAUGCCCUGCUGCUCACCAGAUUGCAAUAAACUCCAACCUGCAGGAGCGAAAAUAAAAAUAAAAAAGAUGCGUAAAGACUUGUAUACAGAAGAAAAUUAUGCUUUGAUUUGUACUAAUCGAUUGAGCGUUACAAUGACCACAAUGUCUGUUCAUUGUGACAAGAUCGCAGAAUGACGCCGCCUCCCUGAGGUGUCCCUGAGCCUGUCGGAAACGAGCCAUGGCAACGACCGGCAAGGGAUGUGAUGUAUCACCGGCACAUAAAAAUAAAGGCAGUCAUGCUCAGCUGUUUAAGACUAAUCAAAAGAAGGAAUAUUUGUUGAUAUCAGUUUCUCCGUUCCAGUGCCUGCUAUGUUUGUGUCGCUAAAGAGAAAAUGCAUGAGAGUUCACAAACAUAUAAAUACGCACAGUGUCACAUCAUGUAGUAAAAGCUUAACACAUACAUCCAAGUACUUAAUACACUUAUUCACACACACUAGAGUCGGAAAGACCCAUUAGACAGCAUGUGAAUGACCACAUCGUCCCAUUUUGUUGUCAUUCUUCUUGCAUGUACACACACAACGCUCACAUACAUGCUUUCUUUUUUGUGUUUUCAGCUCAAGUGGGAUAAAGUAAGACUACUAGAACCACAGCCAAAUGUAUUGUACUGUUUUCAGCUUCUGCUCUCCUCAUUGUCCUUUUUUUGCCUUUUCCUCCCCCUGCUUCUCUUUUUCACACCUACACACUCACAUGUACCUGGGAGGGACAUGACUUGUCGCUCUGAAUUUAAAUGUGGUUUAGAAAUGAAACAAUGACUAUGAGUUUAUAGGACUGAUGUGAUUUAAUUUUACAUUUAUACCCAAUAAACAGUGUAGGAAUUGUGUCUUUUUGUACACAAGUCCCCAAGUUUAUUGGACACAUUGUAAUGUUAUAUGUGACAAACAAUGUGAAAGGGAUUGGUCGUUGAUGAACCUACAGGGAAGUAUCACCUGCCCCUGCAGCUCCUCUCAGCGUAAUAGUAAAACUAAGCUAAUUGUUUUGCUAUCUAGCGCAAAGUUUGACUGUUUUUGUUCACUGUCACUGGUCUCAUAGUGUCGUUUUUGGCUGUUUUCAGCAAAAAAGCUCCAACAAUCCUACAGUACAACAGCAGAAAAAGACUGUUGGUGACUAAAAUGUGGUGAAACAAGUGAAGCAAUUAGCAGCUAAAGAGCCAGAUAUCAUUAGUUUGGUCCACAAGUCUGACGUAUGUCGUUCACCCAACAUAUAUGUGAACACCUUUUUAAAGAAAUAGUUCUUGUUUAAAGUCAGCACUUUUACCUCACAGUUAUUGUUUCAUAUAAUUGUCAACAUGCUGCAGUACAGAAUAAAAUACAUUACUGUGCUAAGACGUAUUGACUGCACAGAAGUUAGCCCUGGGAGACCAAAGCUAAUGUGUAGAGUGUCUUUACUUAACGACAGUAGGCCUACCCAUUCUGUCCUUCUCUUUGUCUAUCUGUAUCAAAUUAUUUCCCCAAAAAUGUAAACUGCAUUAUCAAUGUUGACAAUGUGGACCUGUAGUCAACUGCAAAGGUUCAUGAGGAGAGUAAGAAUGGGAGCGAGCUAGCAAGCAGACUGGUAACAUGCUAUCGAGUGAGUUUACAAGCUAACUAGCUAGCUCACAAGUGAGUGUUUUGUUACUCGGUGCGAAGGGCUUUGUUAUUAUUUGUUAUCGGGUAUGUGUACUACAAUGUGGAGAAAUUAAAGGUGUUGCCCUUGUAGUACAGGUUUAGAGGAGGGAAAGUACACACUCUGUAGCCAGUUAGCCUGUUUACGCAUGGAAUAGCUUACUUGCUACAAAGCUUGUUAGCUUGCGUAGGUUCUGCUAUUCCACUGCCAUUGUGGAUUUCUGGCCAUACAACUUGUGUAAGAGAAAGAAAGUGACCGUCACUCAGUUAGCCAGUGAGUGUUUGUUAGUGUGUGUUUUGCUCGGCCCUGGCUAGCAUUGUGCCUCCAGUUUCAGUCAUAUCUCAGAACAUCAACACUGUUCUUCUCACUCUAUUCAGCUUUGUGUUCACACUUCUGCAUGAGGCAAAAUCUAUGUUAUCUGGCAGUGGUGCAUUUUACUAAGGAUGUCAGAAAUGUACUUGUUUAAGAUUGAAAUGUUAUGUCGGAGGUGUGUGUGUGUAUAAAGAUUGAAAUAAUGUUUGUUGAGCUUGUGUGAGUGGGCAGUUAAUGUAUGAGGUGAUGAAAUGAUGUGAGUUGUUAGCAUGCUGUCCCCCUGUCUUGGUCCUCUUUUCUUUUGGUUUUUCUGGCCCUCGAUUCAACAUCUCAAAUUAUCAGUUAUCUAAGUUAAACAGAAGAACAGAUGAUACUGGCUAAAAUAAAGGGGCUGAAAAUAUGACAAACACCAGGACCAUUGAAAGCAAAUAUGAAUGUGGGCGUUCAGUGUUAUCUUCCAUCAUGGUGUUGGUCUAUUAAAAUGUUGAAGGCUAAUGUAACAGUCUAUCAAUAAGAAGCCAUCCUGUGAAAUCAAUAUAAAAAUGAAUAUUGUGGUAGUAGUUGCCUACUGGGUAUGGAAGCCCAACUGUGCUUAAUCUUAGCCUUACUACUCUGAUAUGUCAUAUGUUCUUUAUUUUUGGCAGUUAGUGUUUUUUCCCAGAAUGCUAUCGGGAGAUGCGUCUGCUUGGGCUAACUCAAUCUUUGGGCCAUGGGAGAAGAUUAAUAAUCUGUUGUCUCAACCUAUACUUUCUCAGAUUGUAUAUCAAUUUUUUAAGAUAUAUUAAAGAGAAUAUAGAUAAAACAAA